CGCUCGAUUUCCUGGUUGUAGCUGUCAACACGCAAAGCUACCGUUUCGGAUAGCAACCGAUGCCGCCAGUCGCCGCCCCGAGCGAGUUUUAUUCAGCCUCAAAACAAGAAGUCCUGGCCGGCGAUGGCGUUCAGGAAGGCUCUGAAACGGACGGCCAUCGUAGGCGGCGGGGCGGUCGCCGCAGUUUUUGGCCUGUCGCAGCUGAUCGAGUACAGGAAGACACAGCACGGAUUGGCUCAGUUAGCCCACGUGGCAGCAGAAGCAGAGCUGAAGGUUCCCUUUGCGGACGAGCUUCCCUCUCGGCAGGCCCAGCUCGCAGCGCUACAAAACACUGAGGAGUUCGAUGUUCUGGUUGUCGGAGGAGGGGCCACGGGUGCAGGAUGUGCCUUAGACGCCGUCACACGCAACCUGAAGACUGCCCUCGUCGAGAGAAGCGAUUUCUCGUCGGGGACAAGCAGUCGGAGCACCAAGCUGAUCCACGGUGGAGUCCGCUACCUCCAGAAGGCCAUCAUGAAGUUAGACUACGAACAGUACAUGAUGGUGAAAGAGGCCCUCCACGAGCGAGCCAACCUCCUGGAAAUUGCGCCCCACCUAUCAGCGCCACUACCCAUCAUGCUUCCUGUUUACAAAUGGUGGCAGUUGCCUUACUACUGGGCAGGGAUCAAGAUGUAUGACUUGGUGGCUGGGAUCCAGUGCCUGAAGAGCAGCUACGUCCUCAGUAAGACCAAGGCCUUGGAGCUCUUCCCCAUGCUGAAGAAGGACAAGCUGGUAGGAGCCAUCGUCUACUAUGACGGGCAGCACAACGACGCCCGUAUGAACAUGGCCAUCGGUCUCACCGCCGCCCGCUACGGCGCCGCCGUCGCCAACUACACCGAGGUGGUCCGCCUGCUGAAGACAAACGACCCACUGACCGGCAAGGAGAGGGUGUGUGGCGCCCGCUGCAGGGACGUCAUCACAGGACAGGAGUUUGACGUGAAGGCCAAGUGUGUGAUCAACGCCACCGGCCCGUUCACAGACUCGCUGAGGAAGAUGGACAACGAGGAGACCCAAAACAUCUGCCAGCCCAGCGCCGGCGUUCACAUCGUCAUCCCCGGUUACUACAGUCCUGACAACAUGGGUCUGCUCGAUCCGGCGACAAGCGACGGACGUGUCAUCUUCUUCCUGCCCUGGGAGAAGAUGACCAUCGCCGGGACGACCGACACGCCCACCAACGUGACGGCCCACCCAAUCCCGGGGGAGGAUGACAUCAACUUCAUCCUGAAUGAGGUCCGCAACUACCUCAGCCCUGACGUAGAAGUGCGUCGUGGAGACGUGUUGGCGGCGUGGAGCGGCAUCCGUCCCCUGGUGACCGACCCCAGCUCCAAAGACACUCAGUCCAUCUGCAGGAACCACAUCGUCAGCAUCAGUGACACUGGACUGGUCACCAUCGCCGGUGGGAAGUGGACCACCUACAGGUCCAUGGCUGAGGAGACUUUGGAUGCAGCCGUCAAAGCCCACAACCUCUCAUCCGAACCCUGCAAGACUGUGGGUCUGAUGCUGGAGGGAGGCAAGGGCUGGACGCCGACCCUUUACAUCCGCCUGGUGCAGGACUACGGACUGGAGAACGAGGUCGCUCAGCACCUGGCGGCAACGUACGGAUCAAAGGCGUUCGACGUGGCCAAGAUGGCUCAGGUCACGGGGCAAAGAUGGCCCAUCGUGGGGAAAAGACUGGUGUCCGAGUUCCCUUACAUCGAGGCCGAGGUGCUGUACGCGAUCAAGGAGUACGCCUGCACAGCCAUCGACGUUAUCGCCCGGCGAACACGCCUGGGCUUCUUGAACGUGCAGGCGGCCGAUGAGGCCCUCCCACGCAUCGUGCAGAUCAUGGGGAAAGAGCUGGACUGGAGUCAGGAGCGGAAGACGGCGGAGCUCGAUGCUGCAAAGAAGUUCUUGUACCACGAGAUGGGCUACAGGUCUCGCUCUGAGCAGCUGACCAAGACGACUGAGAUCAACCUGGACUACCAGGAAGUAGUCAGGUACAAGAAGCGUUUCCACAAGUUUGACAAAGAGAGCAAAGGAUUCAUCACCACUGUCGACGUGCAGCAAGUUUUGGAAAGCAUCAAUGUCGACAUUGAUGAAAAUGCGCUCCAUGAAAUCCUUAAUGAGGUGGACCUCAACAAGAACGGACAAGUUGAAAUUGAUGAAUUCAUGCAGCUGAUGAGCGCCGUGAAGAAGGGACAGGUGUCUGACAGCCGUCUGGCCAUUCUGAUGAAAUCGGCGGAGGAAACUCUGGAUAAGCGAGGGCCGGUGACGGUGGACCGGAGCGGGGGCGGCGUCUGAGCCCCCCGAGACGAGGAGGGGGGGAUUUUUUCAAGGAUGCCAAGAGAACCUUCUGCUCCUUUUUCAAGGUGGUGGUGACAAAAAAAUAAGAAAAUGGGCUCAUGCAAAUGGAGCUAUUUGAAUGACAAUAAUGCAAUCAAGCAAGCAGCCGGAUGAAUUUGGCCAAAUCAAGUGCAGACCUGCAUCACUCCUGAGUGUUUUGGGUGAAAUAGUAUCUAAUGAUUGAGGUUUGUUUUUCAUGAAGUCAGAGAGUCGAUCCCUCUGUCUGUCUUUCCUCUCAACAUCAGGUGCCUCUGAUUUUACACAGCGCACAAUGUAUCUGUUUUAUACUGUCUUUUUAAUCAUUGUCUUUGUAGUGAACAUAAUCGACACUGAUUGUUGGGGAAACACUGUCCUCAGUGCGAUGCAGCUUCUUCAGAUUCGGUUAGGCUUUAUUUCACAGCUCCAUCAUCUCCUCACACUUACUUUCAGGUUUCCUGGAAAGAAUGAUACAAACAGAGAGAGAGUUCACAUAACCUAGAGAGUCUUUUGAUCCUUUUCUACCAACGCUCGCACAGUUCUACACACUUUUACUUAAAAGAGUUAAAGGCGAGUGAGAGCUUCUUAAUGUCAGCUGUUUGGGGCUCUGAGGAGAAUGUUAACGUUUUUUUUAUGUAUAAAAAAAAUGAAUUGUGUAAAAAAAAAAAGAUUUAUACUUAGUAUUUAGUAUUUAUACUUAAUAUAAAGGAAUCUUUGGUUUGACAGUUUUUUUAAUGAAAAGACGAGAAAGAAAGAAAGAAACAGUAAAGGGCAGAAGUCAUCACUGGGAUUAUAGCAGUCCUUGUUUUGUCUGAUCGCCUCUUCAAAUUAUUAAGAUAUUCAGUUUGUCAAAUAAUGAUAAUUGAUUAAGAAAAGCAACAAAUCCUCAAUUAUCUGAAGGUAAAACGAAAAAUUAGGUCUUAAAUUACGAUAUUUUUUGGAAACACCUUAACCUGAGUAAUAACUGAACAAUUAUUAACAAAAAUGAGUAUUUACUUUAUAUUUCUUUUCUUUAUAUUUGACCUAUAAUUAGUAACAAAUGAGCAAAUUCUUUCCAGGAAACCUUCUAUGAAAUUUAAAGAAAUGAUGGUCCCCUAAAAGAAAGCCUCACCGAGCAUUUCUACGUCAUGUUUCUGAUCUUCGUGUUACAAGUUCCUCUUACACCUUCCUGUGUACUGUGUUUUCCAUCUAUUGCACUACUAGCAAACUAAUACUGAUACUGAGGUUUACACGACCAGGGUUCCAGCUUUAGCGUUACUGAUGAAGAUGCUUUUUAAUCACUGCUGCUGUACUUUCCUUAUUUAUUUUUUAAAUCAUGUAUUUCCUUUUGUCUCAAGUCACUGCAGCUGUUUACAGACAGAAAUACACUUACAGAGAUUAUAGAUUUAAAAGCAGGAUUUUAAAGGGACUUAUUAUAUGUUUGAGUGAUUUUAUUAGGAUUUUAUUACGCAUGCUACGUGUUAACUAUUCUCUAAAUAAUGUAAUGCAAAAUCUUUAUUUUUACAACGUGUUUGACGUGGAGUUUAUUCUCUUUACUUCCGUGCUCGUGGUGGAGAGCAGAGAGAAAUCUAAAAUGCUGUAUGAACGCACAUCCAGUCCGUCUGAUAUUAUAUAAUCCUGCACGCUCCUCGCUUCACUGUUUAUAUGUGAGAAAAUUGUGUUCUUAAACCCACUAUAGACAUUUCAGCAUGUUUUAUCUGCAGCUUUUGUGUGAUUUUUCAGGAAGGCAAUGCACUGUAUGAAUGUAUGAUAUGUGCCUUGAUGUGCCUAAAACAUUUUCACAAUACCACACUCCAUGUUAAACCAAUACAGGAAUUUAUGUUAAGAAUGUUAAGAUAUUUAAAUUGUUAUAUAAAGAAUAGUAUUUAAAAUGUAUUGUAUGUCAGUUUUUUUGUUUUUUUUUAGAACGAGCUGCCAUGUUGGAGGGCUUAACGACCAGAAUCUGACCAGUGUAAGUCAAAAAUGACACUUAUUUUGAAGGGCUGGGUGUCAAAGCACAGGCAGUCUGAUCCGUCACCUUAUUUACUUAUUGUUCUAUAUAUAUAUAGCUCAUUUUAAAUCAUUAUUUUACAGUAUUUUAUUCAGACACAGGUCUUGUAUAGAUGUUUGUGUUUAGACAUUUAACAUUUAAAGGCCCUGAAAAUGUCUAAAUGUGUAUUCUUAUGUUAAUGAACGGACUUUCUGCCAGUUAUUAUUUAGUAUUAUUGUUUUUGUCUUAGCUCUUCUUACUGGUUUGAAGUGGGCGGGACUGGGUGGGGAAAACGGUGAUGUCAAAUACUUUUGAGUGGGCCCCUUGUGUGCUUUUAAUGCAGGGUUUUGGGUCUGAAUGCCCACUAUGGCAAACAAACAAAUAGUUUUAUUGGCAAUACUGCAUUUUUUUGCAGUACUGAAACUCAGGUAUUGGAACCAGUAUCCAAAAAAAUAAAGAAAAACCCAGCUGAAUUUAGUUUUUUUGUACUGUGCCAGUGUAGAAAAGCCUCUGAAGCAGCAGUCAGACCAUCAUAUGACACUAAAACCAUUCAAAAAGUUAAAUUACGUAACUGUUGAUUACGUGUUAGGUUUCAUUCCUCCAACAUGGCAGCCCUCGCUUGAAGGUUUUAUAGUGUAAAAGACGUGUGACUGUGCUUCCUUAUUGCCUUCAUAUUAUGAUUUAUAUUCAGAUUUUCUAUGGACUUCUUCUUACGCAGAGAACAGAAUCAUUCCAUACUGGUUUCCUCCCAUGUACCAAACACUGUAACUGUUACUGACGUGUGUGUAUCAGUGUGUGGUCACAUGGGGGUUCGGCUACAAUACCUCGGCACUGAGGACCCUUCAAACUGCCAACGCCGGCCCCGUCAAGCAUCGCUCGUGGGCUGCACGACUUAAAACCACAUCCCGAUGUUUGAUUGUCUUCUUUGGAUGAAAUUACAGCUUUAUCCAGGCUCAAAGAGAAUCAUAUUCCUCCUCCUUUUUCUUUUUUUUUUUCUUUUCCACGAAUACUGUAAGAAUACUAUGAGUCAGUCUUCAGGUAAAAAAAAAAAAAGAAAGAAAACAAAGCAAUUAUCUAAUUAAAUGUAUCUGGUUGCUUGGC